AUGGAUUCAGAGAAAAGCAUCAGUGUUGUCGAGCUCGAGCAGCAAGAGACCUCCACCAGCUGGCUGCGCCGCACACUAGCCACAUUCAAACCCGCCGCCGUGACCAACGGUGUCGACGUGCCCCUGAAACACCAGCUCGGCUCGUUCCAAAUGCAAAUGAUCUCGCUGGGCGGGUCUAUUGGCACCGGCCUGUUCCUCGGCUCCGCCCAGUCGCUCAGAGACGGUGGUCCCGGCGGUAUCCUGAUCUGCUACUCGCUCAUCUCCGUCAUGGUGUUCUGCAUGGUGCACUCGCUGGCCGAGCUUGCGUGCAACUUCCCUGUUCCUGGGGCGUUCUCGUACUACGCCACCACCUUCAUUGACCCGAGCUGGGGGUUUGCCAUCAGCUGGAACUACGUGAUGCAGUGGCUGGUGCUGCUGCCGCUCGAGCUCAGCGCCGCGUCCAUCACAUUCAAGUUCUGGGACGGGUUCCCGAUCGGCGACGGCUACCUGAUCACGGCGUUUUUUGUCAUGAUGAUCCUCAUCAACAUGUUGCCCGUGAGGAUCUACGGCCUUGCAGAGGUGCUGUUUUCGGUGACUAAAAUCGUGGCUAUUUUCGGCUUUCUGGUCACGGGACUUGUGAUCCUGUUCGGCGGAGUGCCCCAUCACGCAGCCAUUCUCGACCGGUACUGGAAAGAUCCGGGGCCGUUCACGCCAGCAGGCUUCAAGGGCGUUGUCGCCGUGUUUGUCACCGCCGCCUUCAGCUUUAGUGGCACAGAGCUGUGCGGCCUGUGUGCAGCAGAAACGCCAAACCCGAUCAAGUCGAUCCCCAAGGCGUCCAAACAGGUGUUCUGGCGGAUUCUAUUCUUCUACAUCAGCUCACUCACGCUGGUGGGGCUGUUGGUGCCAUACAAUGAGCCGCGACUCAUGGCUCGAGGCGAACGAAGCGCCAACAGCUCGCCGUUCGUGAUUGCAAUCCGCAACGCCGGCAUUCCUGUGCUCCCGUCGAUCAUGAACGUGGCGAUUCUGAUUUCCAUCCUGUCGGUUGGAAACUCGGCAAUCUACGCCACCUCGCGCACACUGGUGUCGUUGGCCAAGGCGGGCAUGGCGCCGCGCUGCUUCGGCUUUGUCGACCAGGGCGGCCGGCCAAUGGUGGCCAUCGGCGUGACGCUGGCGUUUGGGUGUCUGAGCUACGUGUCGCUGGUCGGCAACGGCGCACAGAUCCUGUUUUCGUGGCUGCUUGCGCUGUCUGGGCUCAGCUCGCUGCUUACGUGGUGCUCGAUCGGGUUCUCGCUGGUCCGCUUCCGCAGCGGCCUCGCCGCGCACGGGCAGAGUGCACGUGACCUCUGCUACGUGUCGCGCACGGGCCUGUGGGGCGCGUACGUAUGCUUUGGUUUUGGCGUGGUGGUGCUGGUGGCGCAGCUGUGGAUCGCUGUGCUGCCCGUCGAGGGCGCUGCGAGCGUGGAAAAGUUCUUCAAGGUGUAUUUGGGGGCGUUUGUGGUUGCGCUUUUUUUCGCCGGGCACAAGCUGUACGUGUACGUGACCACGGGCGAGCUGGGCUUUGGCGUGGACCCAGCGCAGAUGGACGUGUUUACAGGACGUCUCGUCGCAGACGGCGGCAAAAAAGAUGGCUCAGAAAGUAGCAUUUAA